AUGGCCCAUUCCACGAUUGCCCAACCGGGGCCAACUGCUAUUCCCGACUUCGUCAAUGGGCUUGAAAGCAUAAAAUUACCUGAACACCCGUCUCUAGCUAUAUCUCAAAGCAAAGAUGACGCUGCGAUUCGCCAGAAAUAUCGCCCUUUUAUUCUCGACGACGCCGCCGAGGACUGGGUCAGUGCCUUGGAGUUAACAACUGCCAUGGACUUGGCAGCACAAGAACUGAAAAGAUCAAACAACCGACUGAAGGUGUUGGUGUUAUACGGUAGCCUACGCCGGAGAUCUUACUCUCGUCUGGUGGCGCUGGAAGCCAGCAGGAUUCUCUUCCGUCUGGGGUGUGACGUGCGUGUGUUUAAUCCCGAUGGGUUACCAGUGAAGAAUGAUACCGAGCACGACCAUCCAAAGGUGCAGGAGCUCCGAGAACUUAGCAAGUGGAGUGACGGGCAUGUUUGGGUAUCCCCCGAACAACAUGGAAAUCUCACUGCCGUUUUCAAAAAUCAAAUCGACUGGAUCCCGCUCAAUACUGGAAGUGUACGUCCGACGCAGGGCCGGACCCUCGCCAUUGCGCAAGUGUGCGGCGGCUCGCAAUCUUUCAAUGCUGUCAACUCUCUGCGUCUUCUUGGUCGGUGGAUGCGCAUGUUCACCAUUCCGAAUCAAUAUUCGAUCCCGAAAGCGUAUACACAGUUCCCUGAUGAGGGUCAAGCGGGAGAUCCGAGGCUUUUGCCUAGCGGUAACCGGGACCGACUGGUGGAUUGCAUGGAGGAGUUUGUAAAAUACACCAUCCUCAUGAGGCCUCACUUGGACCUUUUUGGUGAUCGGUUCAGUGAGAGGGAAGAGAAAAGGGCCAAGGAUGAAAAUAUGAGGCUGGCUUCAAGUUGA